UUAUAAGACCCACCUAGAGGAAUCCACAGAGAAAAAUGGUAAUAUUAGUUUUAGGAGCCUUAAAUAGAAGAAAAUCAAUGAAGUUAUGGUAUUGUUUGCCUUGGGAUUCCAAACUCGCACCCAAAUAGGAAAUUCCGAUCGCCAUGGAAGCUGGUAGGUCUAAACCUCGUAGCAACCUCGUAAACCGCGCUCGCUUCUCUCUCUCUGGAUUCUACUGCUGGGGCUGGGAAUUCCUCACCGCUCUCCUUCUCUUUAGUUGUUAGAAUAAAAAAAACAAAAAUCCCAUAAUAGAAUAUAAUCUGAUCGAAAUCGAAAUCCCUCAAAAAGUGGAGGAGAAAUUCGUUUGAUCGUAGAAUAGUUUCUUUUUUUAAUUUUUUUGAUUUUUUUUUUGUUGGAGGGGGUUGGUGAGGGGUAAAGUGGGAAUAUUAAGAAAUGGCGCAAAGGUCGGUGCCGGCGCCGUUUCUGAUGAAGACUUACCAGCUGGUGGAGGAUCCAAGCACAAACGACGUGAUAUCGUGGAAUGAGGCUGGGACGAGCUUUGUCGUUUGGAAGACGGCGGAUUUCGCGAGGGACUUGUUGCCCAAGUAUUUCAAGCACAAUAACUUCUCUAGCUUCGUUCGCCAACUCAAUACCUACGGGUUUCGAAAGGUCGUCCCUGACAAAUGGGAGUUCGCGAACGAGAAUUUCCGGCGAGGACAGAAGGAGCUCCUCUCGGAAAUCCGUCGCCGGAAAACGGCGACGGCAUCCACCGCGCAGGCAAAGCCCGCCGGCGAGGGAUCCUCGACUCCGUCGAACUCCGGCGAGGAUCUCGGGUCUACUUCGACCUCGUCGCCAGAAUCUAAGAAUCCGGGAUCCGUGGAGACGGCGGCGGUGACCGUGCAGUUUGCAGACUUGUCGGACGAGAACGAGAAGCUGAAGAAGGACAACGAGGUUUUGACGUCGAAGCUCGCCCAGACGAAGAAGCAGUGCGACGAGCUGAUCACCUUCCUGACCAAGUACAUGAAGGUGGGGCCCGAUCAGAUCAAUCGCAUCAUGCGGCAAGGAAUCAACUGUGGGUCCACCCGUGGUGGCGAAGAUCGUGAUGAUGACGAAAACGAGGCUGAUGAUCAUGAUGAUGGUGAUGAUGGUGAAGAAGAAGGUCUAAAGCUGUUUGGUGUUUGGCUCAGGGGAAAAGAUCACAACGAGAAAGAUCAGAAGAACAAGAAGAAGAGGACCCGUGGGGAAGAAACUGGGUUCACUGGACCCCACGCGAAGAAGAUGAAGGGCGUGGACUUCCACGCGCCGCCUCUGAUGCAGAGCGGCAAGGUCUGCAUCUGAUCAUCAUCCUGGUACUGAUUAUCUGCGGUGGUGCGUACACCAUCGCUGAAGCUUUUGGGUUGUAGGGUCUAGAAGAAUUUUCUCUACUCUACAUGUGAAUGUGAUUGUUCUAUACUUAAAUUAGCUUUUUACACGAGGGGAAAACAAAUUAUAGACUCUCUGCAAAUAUGUUUUCUGUUUUAAUUUGGUAUUUAGCUUGGGGGUUAAAUUUCGUAGUUGUGUAGUUUAGUUGGUAAAAUGAUUGUAAUAAGUUUGGAUUGUUCAUAAACUUCUCCAAUGAGAAAAUAGGUCUAGGACUUUUGUAGUCUUAGAUUUGUGUCGGAAGCACAAGGGAUCAAAGGCAAAUGGGUCUCUAAUCUUCCAUUUACUAGUAAAGCGUUAUGACACGUUGUGUAAAGUAAUCAUUUCGGAGAAAGCUUAUUUUUCAUCAAUACUAUUUGUAAAUGCAUCUUUUUAAUCGCUCUUUUUGGUUUCUUGUUUACCAAAUGACGCGAACAAUAUGAUUAAUUUUCUAGCACGGUUAGCGCUUAGAGUAUGA